AUGAACCUUCUUGUUCUACCUACUGAGGUGCUCGUCAUGAUCACAAAAGCCCUCAACAAGACAUCCGAUAUGAACGCCUUGGUCCGAACAAGUCGCAUGGCCUACAUCCGCCUCAACCACGUCCUCUACGAGUUUGAUGUUCAGAGAAAAGUUAGAAAAGCCUUGGUAUGGGCUGCGCAGAAUAACAACCAACGUACAGCCAAAAAGUCCCUCCAGGUGGGCAUCAAAUCACUGAAUAAAUGGUUUCAGAGACCACUGGCCAUUAUGUUACGCUCGGGUCACACCGACAUGGUGCGAUUGUUAUUGGACGAAGGUGUUGAUCCGGACACCAUACUCUACGAAGGCUCUCGAAUUGCAACGACUGCUUUAUACAUAGCAGCUAGUCAUGGUCAUGAAGCUAUUGUCAACCUCCUGAUUGAAAAAGGCGCGAACGUCAAUCUCAAGAACUCUCCUGGGCAACCGUUGGUGGUCGCUGUGAGCCAUAAUAAGAAAUCUGUGGUCAGGAUUUUACUUGAGAAAGGCGCAGAUCCUAACUCCCGGCGAGAUGAUAAUAUGCCGGCGCUUUGCAUUGCAGUGACGAAGGGAUUUACGGAGAUUGUCGAGAUGCUACUGGACAAGGGUGCGCUUACAGAUCUGGGCGGUUCCUGGAUCUGUACUCCAGUUCAAGAAGCAGUAAGGAAAAACCGCUUCAAAAUUACCCAGCUCUUACUAGAAAAAGGAGCAGAAGCAAAUGUGGGAUACGGGGACUAUCGUGAUCUCCCGCCUCUGUUGAUGGCCAUGGCCUACGGCUAUGAGCGAUUGCUGGGUCUGCUUUUGAAACAUGGCGCGAACCCCAACGCUCAGAAUGCCUGGCCUCUGCAUGUUGCCAUAUUUGACAACAAGAUAGCUAUGGUCCGGUCGCUUCUCGCUCAUGGUGCCGACGUCAACCGCAAAGAUUCAAAGGGCCGGACCCCUUUGCUCUAUGCUAUUUACCAGCACUAUGACCAUAUCGUCAAACUUCUGUUGCUUUACGAUGUCGACCCAGACGCCGAAACUCACAGCGGCAUGACACCAUUGAAGUUAGCCAAGCAUUACAACAGGGUGGACUGGGUGCAAAAACUAACUGAGAAGCGUGCGGAACGCAAGUCACGCGCCCAUAACCAACAUUUGAUUACCACUUGA